AUGCGCUCGGGACCCGAGAAAAUCGCCCCCGCGGCCAAAAACCAACACCGCGCUCCCAACCCCGUGACCUCGGCGCAAAGUCCUUUUUGGGCAGGCCUUGAGCGCCGCGAAGGCAGCGCGCCCGCGCCCUGCGCCGAGCUCGCGGGAAUUUCAGAAAACAUCCACCGAGAUCCAGAGCACGUGCUUCAGCAAGAAUCAGAGCCCAGAAUGCACCCCAAACGCACCCUUUCUCGCAAGGAGACGAUCUUCAACAUGCCGUCUUCAGCUCUGCUCGAGUGCGACGGCAGCGCAGCGUCCGCUGCGCCACACGAGCUAGUGCAGCACGUGUUCGGCUCGCGGGUGACAGCGGAUGGGGGCGAAGAUUGGGAGGAGGAGAGUGGAAGAUUGGGGGAAGGGUAG